CAUUUUAUUCAUUGACACUUUCAAAAUACUUUGACAUUUUAUCCCCUGAUUAAACGAGUGUAAACAAAUCAAAAUAUUUGUUUGUAAAUAUCAAAAUUUAAAGUCAAGACGACAAUAGAAUUGUUCAAUUUAAUGCACAGUUUCUGGAGUUGUUUUUAACGAGUAAUAAUACUUCAUUAUGCAUGACACGAUAGUACGUUUGGCGGAUGUGUGGAAGACAUGCAACAAGAUCCGCGCGGCGGCGUUCCGCGUGGGGCUCAACCUGUGGGACUGGUACCGGCCGCUCGACCCGGAGGGCAACUCGCUCAUAUCUGAAUCAAAGUUUGUGUCCAUCCUCGCGGGUCCGCUGCGCUCCGUGAUCGGGCUGUCUGACGCGGAGAUAUCCCAGCUGGCGGACUACUUCCGGGCGCAGGACGGACGCGUGCUGUACCAUCAGCUCUGCCAGAUCAUACAUGGAGAAGAUGCGGGUGGUCGCGACAAGAGCUCGUCGGACUGCUUGCUGGAAGCCUGCCCCCCGCCGCCCGAGCCGGCCUGCCACUCGCUGGACCAGUGGCAGACGCAGCGCCUCUGCUGUCUGCUGGCCACCAUAGCGGCGAGGGAAGUGCCGCUCAAACCGUACUUCCAGGACUACGAGUUGGUGGCAAAAAAUGACGGACGCAUCACAUUCGCUCAUUUCGCUCGCAUCCUGAACUAUGUGGGAGUGCUGGUCUCCCCUGAGGACUUCAACCUCCUGGUGCGCCGAUUCAUCAAGGACUCGUACACCCUGGACUACGUAGAAUUCCUGCGCGCCCUGGAGGCCGUCAAGAAAGAAGGCAUCAGGGGACUUGGAGUGGAGUACAAUAACCCGAAGGCUAUUAUCGACACGACCCUGCCCAAGCUCUCGCGGCCGGAGGUGGAGGCGCGCCUGUCGACAGCCCCGCUGGGGGAGACGGAAGUUUUCCACCCGGCGCUGAUGCCGCCGAGACCCUCCAGACACCUGGUGGAACUGAUGCUGCGCGUACAGGAGUUCGUCAUGCAACGGCGCAUCAGGGUCUCCGAGUUCCUCAGGGACUAUGAUCCGUUGAACUGCGGGCGCAUCACCCCGCAGCAGUUCAGACGCGCGCUGGACGCCAUGGGCCUGUCUGCAGUACUGUCGCCUGAAGAGGCCGUCUGCGUCAUCAGGCACUACCUUGACCCCAACGACCAGGAACGUGUCUGCUGGAGGACCUUCGAGGAUGACUGCGACCAGGUUUUCACGACGAAAGAGCUGGAGAAGCAUCCAACUGCAGUAGCCGGCAGUGCGGCAGCGGCGAUGUUAGAACUACCACCUCUGGGGUCAGCAGAGGAUACAGCGGCCAUGGGGGGAGGAGCUACAGAGGCGGCAUUAGACCUGGCGCAGGCGGCACUACUCCGCGUGCGCGCCGCCUGUCGCGAGCGCGCAAUAGACCUGCGUCCCGCCUUCUCCGAACAUGAUGAACACAACAACGGUCACGUGCCGCGGUCCCUGGUGCGGCGCGUGCUGGCGCGGCUGGGGGUGCUGCCCACCGCCGCGCAGGUGCGGGCCCUCGAGGCGCGCUACCUCGACUCCUGCGGCUUCAGCUACGCGCGCCUGCUGACCGAGAUGGAAGAGCGGCCGGCAGAGAGCGCCAGCAUCGCCGGGCCCGCGCCGCACCCGCGCGCCGCCGCCCCGCGUGCGCCUGACCCUGCGCAGACUGACAUCGUGCAGAUACUCGCCAAGAUCAAGGGCAAGAUGGUGCGCGAAGGCAUUCGACCACGGGAUUUCCUGUGUCAGUUCGACAAACAGCAGGAGCUGGUGAUCCCGCGCGCAGACUUCUACCGCGGGCUGGCCGCCUCCGGGGUGUCGCUCACGCCCGUCGAGAUGGACACGCUCAUGGAAGUGUUCAUGGCGCCAGGGCGGCGGCGCUUCGUGGAGUACGAGCGAUUCUGCUCGACAGUGGGCGAUGUGCGCACGCAGCGAGACCUGGAGCGCGCGCCUCUACUCACGCCUGUACCGCACGUGCCGCCCGCAGCCCGGCCGGCGGCACCCGCGCUCUCCUUCCAAGAACGAAAUGUUGUCUCCGGCGCCCUCAACAAGCUUGCGAAAUACCCGGACCAACUGUCCAACAUACUGGAGGUGUUCAAGGACAUGGACCGCUCCCGAUGCGGCUCGAUCCCGCGCGUGUCGGUGGAGCGCGCGCUGUGCCAGCGCAACCUGCUGCACCUGAUGUCGUCGCGCGAGCGGGACCUGCUCUACAAGUGCUUCCUACAUAACCAAUAAUGAUCGUGUGUAAUGUCAGGACAUGGACCGCUCCCGAUGCGGCUCGAUCCCGCGCGUGUCGGUGGAGCGCGCGCUGUGCCAGCGCAACCUGCUGCACCUGAUGUCGUCGCGCGAGCGGGACCUGCUCUACAAGUGCUUCGGCUACCGGCGCGGAUGCGACGACGAGGUGAAUUACCGUGCGCUGUGCAACGCUCUGGACGUGUUGUAUGCAACGGCGAGUUCGCAGCCGUGCUGACAGCGCCAUCUGCCCGUGACCAGAAAGUACGCGAUACAUGUCGAAAUGUUCUGUGGAUGUCCUUAUAUCAAUAAAUUUUCUAUUGUAGCAACUUUUAUUUUUGGUGUACUAAUCAGAUGACGCGAUUCAAGCGAGAGUCGUCGAUACUAGACUAGAGGCUACUACUCAUACAUUCCGGCCACGUGCACUCGCGCGCAAGACACGGGCACCUCGACCUUGCGUUGGGGUAGUCAGCGGCAACUUCUUGAACAAAACCAGGCAAAUAAACUGGCGCUGUAGUUUUUCUAUGUAAAUUUGUUACCUACUACUCAACGGAGAUUGCCCAAGUAGUUUGUAGGGUCGGAACACCAUGCACCAUGCAUUGCAGGGGGGGGGGGGGGUAUACUAGGACCACAUAGGGUGGCGUCCACGCCAGGGGGGGUGCAAAUAGUAAGUGGAAUCGUAAGUUAGGGGCCCAGGGCACCCAGGGGACAGACAGCCUUAAUCUGACGAAAAAGGAAUCGAACUGAAUGUGUCUGAAUUCCAAUAAAAUCUAUCCUGUCCUUUCUACCUUUUAAAUCAGUUCAGCUGUUUGCGUCAACGUUAUUAAAUACCCUAGAUACACCAUGAGCGCUCAAAAUGUGUCCCAAUCAAGAAGUGCUUGAACUUCACUCAAGCACUUCUUGGUUCACAGUCACGCACGGACCGUUACAAAGUCGAGAUGCCACAGAGCUCCGCGAAAAAAUGCGAAAAUAAUACUUAGAGUAUGAAGUGCGUUUUUUCCGACAGGUAUCUAGUCAAUGUUUGUUAAUUUAACACAUUUGAAGUAAAUUUUGAUCUAAUACUUACUAUAAACUGAUUUAAUAUAAAAUAUUUGAUAUACAAAUGCAUCGGUUAUUAUAAGUACGUCGCCAUAUAGCAGUCUCUUUUCUUCGCGGUCCGUGCAUGCUAUAUUGCUAACAGCGCGAUCAGAAUUGUGCGUAGAGUCAAAGAACUAAGGUCUAAAUUCUUCCGCAUAUAGCAAUAAGUCGUAAUAUUUUAAGAGCUUGCAUUUCGAACUGUCAGAUGUCCUUGACGCAUGCGUUUUAUUUAAGACCUUAUGCAGUAUGUAUUAAAGGUUACUUUCAAUAUUUAAAUAAGGCCUUAUAUUGAUUUUGACUACGCGAUCAUCUUACGGAGCUCCGUGGAUCAUUCAAUGUACCUUUUGGACAGGUUUCAGGCACGAUUUUGUAUCUAGGGUAUUUAAUAUCGUUGGUUUGCGUGUUGUCCAGUCAACCGGACUAUCACUACGGGCAAUGGACAGUAAGGAGAUACUUACUAGUAGAUACAUAUCACAUUUAUCGUUCAUGUUAGGACCGAUUCCUAUAUUUUACUGAUCUUAUAAUAAACAAAUAUCAAAAUCACCUUUUCCCCAAAAUGGAUGAUUUUCUAAAUAUAUUUGUUUUAGAAUGUCAAAAAUCCUUAGUCUGACAGAAAAGGUACAUUCGUGAUAUUAAAUCAAAAACGAAUGUUUUAUAAAACCGAACGCUUUCCUCAAAUUUUUACAACUUUUUGUACUUAUUUGUAUCAAUCUCUUAUUCCUUGUUUAUUAAUUAAGAGGCUAGUUUACGCUGUUUUGUUCAUGUCACUUAAGUGCCAUUUCUAAUUCAAUUAACAGAGACAAAACAAAGAAUAACUAUCCAAGCUUAUUCUUUGUUUAUUAUUAAGGGGGUAGAUAUUCAGCUUAUAUUAGUGAUAAAAAGAAUAUCCUUCAUUUUUAAGAAUAAAAGUAAGAACCGCUCAUCGAAAGCUUCCUAUGAAUACGGUAAAGUUCUUCCUUCAUGACUUCAUCCUCUACCAAAUUCAAUGCCGAUAGGUAGAGUAGAUUUCAAAUCUGUCCUGCUAAUCUGGGAUUUGGCUAUUCCGGGAUAUUACUUAUCUAGGAUAGAUAAGUAAGGCUGUGGCAACCUAUUCGCCUUCGGCGGAAUGGUACUCAUUAUAAUGGCUCGAUUAUACUUGGUCGCUAGCCCGUAUACGGGUGCACGAAAGACAUUACUGGCAUUACAUACCCGAAAUAAUAUUUACACUGGAAUACGGACUAAAAGACGGUGUCGGGUAAGCAAAACGAAAACUACCCGAAUACGGGCAUACUCGACUCCAUUCAUUUACACGAAUUCUAUUGGCAAUCGCACAGAGCACACUAGGUUAGAAUGGUGAUCAUAGACCAUAGUUUGUAUGGGAACCGAUGUCGCCGACCGGCUCGCCCCCACUACACUUCCAGCUCAUAUAUAAUAACCAAUCAAAAGACGCAAUAUCAAACAAUCGAACCAAUCAGCGCUAACCCGCGAGAGCAACGACGCAAUCAGAACCAAGUGACUAAGUGAGCCUUUUGCUCACACAUAACUGGCGCGCUUGCCCCGCCCACAAGCCAUGGCACUUCAACAUCUUAUUCUGUGGGCAAUCGUAUUCGGUCUAAAGGCCAAAUGUAAUCGAGCCAUUAUUCUUCUCUAUAACUGUUUAAUGUAUUGACCCCGCGCUAUGUUAAUGGUAGGCGAGCCCAAGCGGGGAUUUUUGAAUAUACUCGAGCGCGGCAUAUUAACAUAGGGGGGGCAACCUUGCACCUAGUUAAGUACUUCCACCAUAUCUGGGCCCUCGAUGUAAUGCCGAACGUCAAGGCAGCGAAAACAAAAUUUCAAAGAACGGCCAUAACUUUUAUUCGCGUCAAAAUCGUCAGUAUUUUGAUAUCAGCUAGGUACUUUAAUUUUAUACAUAUUUUUUGUAUUGUCAUAUUUGGUUAUUUACACCGCCGUCUUUCCAGCAUCUUUCUUUCCCCUCCAUCCGUCAGAGAACCGUGUGGAAGAAAAAUAUUUUAGCGAAAGACCGGCUAUUAUUGCACUAUAUCCAGCCUUUAUGUAGGUAGGUACUAAAUGUUUUAUAUUUUUACAAACUACGUAAAUUUGAGUUUUAUUUCCGGCAAUCUAAAACAAAGGCAUUUAGAAAAUCAUUCAUUUUGGGAAGACUAUUUUAUACUUGUUCAUUAAGAGAUCAGUACCCCUAGCAAGAACCAAUAUCGAAUUCGUAUCGUUUAGAGUCCGAAAUGUGUAGGGUCAAGGAGGUAACAGUGACUCAGUCGACAACAGUGACUCAUUAAUGUUUCCAGGUUAGACAAAGCAUAAAGUAGGUUUGUCUCUUUUGCACACUGUAGCACGUAACCCCCAAACGUGUUUGAACUAGUCGGCCGGCCGGUACAGUGUCGUUGUGUUGUGUCACAGAGAUUAGAUUAGAUUUUAAGGUAAGUUUCUCUGUUUUUUUUACGUAAAAUAAUGGCAAUUGGUUAUGAAACUGGUGACUCCUGUUGAAUAUCAUAAUGAGCGAUAGCAGUGAUUCCGCCAAAACCGUUGAGUCGCAUAAGGAAAAUGUCACUACCCGCCACCAAAAGAAAAAGCGCGUUUCCACGGGCACACGUCAAGAGUCAUCCGAUUUUAAACCGCAUACCCUGAAGGUUCCGUCAUUUUCGCCGGAUGAUCCCGAACUAUGGUUCGCGCUUUUGGAGGGCCAAUUCGGAACUUAUGGCAUUACAGAUGACGCAAUCAAAUUUAAUAAUGUAAAUAAACCUAGAUAUAACCCACGCGAAGGCUGUUAAAGACAUCAUCGUGAGCCCACCGUCUCGAAACCGCUACGAAAAGAUCAAGAGCGAGCUGAUCAAGCGCCUUACUGCCUCCCAAGAGAAGAAGGUCAGGCAGUUGCUGACUCACGAGGAGAUUGGAGACCGCAAGGCAUCACAGUUUUUGCGACACCUGCAAGACCUAGCGGGCCCUAACGUUCCGAAGGAGUUCAUCCAAUCGAUCUGGACCAGCCGCCUUCCACAAAACAUCCAGACUGUAAUAGCGUCUCAACCUACGCAUUCUCUGGAGCAGCUAGCAGAUUUAGCGGAUCGCAUCCAGGAAAUAACUGCACCUGGACAAGUUGCAGCCACUUCGUCCUCCGGCAUACCACCUGGUCACAGCAUCUCUGGAGAAAUCAGCGAGCUUCGGAAAAUGGUCGAGCACCUCGCCAUGAAACUGGAGCAGCAGACAAGGUCUUCGCGCAAUGUCAACCGAUCCAGACCACAGCAGCGACAUAUAUCAUCGCGUUCAUCAUCGAGAUCGGCUUCCAGUUACCGGCGCUACCCUAUUUGUUGGUACCACGCAAAGUUCGGCUCGAAAGCUAAGAAAUGCCAGAAACCAUGCGACUACAAGUCGGGAAACGCCACAGGCUGUCGGUAAUGGCGACUGACGAUUGCCUCACCUCUCCUGGUCGCCUCUUCAUCACUGACCGCACCACGAAGACGCAGUUUCUGGUCGAUACAGGCAGCGACCUCUGUGUUUUCCCCCGCUGUCAACUUCGAGAGCGACGUGAACCAACGAGCUACCAUCUCACCGCAGCCAACGGGACUACCAUCUCCACCUACGGCUACGCACACUUCAACCUGGAUCUGGGUCUACGCCGUACAUAUUCUUGGCGUUUUGUGUAAGAAUCACCGUAUUAUUGUUAUUGUUUACGUUUGCUUUGACUGUGCUUUUCCUUUCUUCCUCUGUGCUUGUGUACCACUGACUGUGCUCUGUACUCCUUCUAUUCUGUGCUUGUGCAAAUAAACUGUUUACUGUUGAGUGCUGGACAUAUUGUUUACACCGCCUCCUGACUGCACCGCAGAUAAGUACUAAGCGAAUUAUUACCUACCUAUCUUCACCCAACAACGCUAAACUAUUAUAUUUGCUGGUUGAUAAAUAUUGUAUAAUCUUCAUUCAUACAGUUUUAUUAUGAGAAUUGGAUUUUAGUUAUAUUGUUACAAAACAAAGUUUUCAAAAUGGCGUAGUAGUGCACAGUGACUCAAUUUUAAAAAGUACACAGUGGCUCGUGAGUCACUGUGUACAUAUGUACUAGUACCAGUAAUUUAAAUACUUAUAGUUGUUACAUUUAAAGGCAUUUUUUUUUUGUUUUUAGAAUGCCGCGACCCCAAAAGGAGAGAAAAAUAGGCAAUGUCCCUGCCUCGAGGAUAAGAGAGGGAUUGCUAUUAAUUCGAAACGGAGAAUCUAUACGUAAGGCUUCGAAAAAUGUUGGAGUCUCUUUUGCCACUUUAAAACGAUACCAUCAUAAAUUUAAAGAUGCUCCUUCGCUGGAAGAUUUGACAUCAUCCCAACUAGAGCCCAAUUAUUCAGUCAAUACGAUUUUCACAGCCGAACAAGAGAUUACACUAAAAAGCUAUAUAUCGCAUUGUGCUCUUCUAUUUUACGGAUUAACAGCCAAAGAAAGCCGGAGACUGGCAUACCAGUGUGGAAAAAUUAACAAUUUAAAAAUGCCUUUAUCUUGGAAGGCAAAAGAAAUGGCCGGCAAAGAUUGGUUAAUUGCUUUCAGACGCAGACACAAUAUAACGCUGAAAAAAUCUGAAGCCUGUAGUCUUGCUAGAGCUACCGCUUUUAACAGGAACAAUGUCGACAAGUAUUUUGACAACCUUGAAAAUAUCAAGUCCUCAUUUUGCUCAAGUCCUCAUUUUUCCGACGGCACCAGGAUUUUUAAUUUGGACGAAACAUUAACCACUACCGUACAAAAACCACAAAAAGUUCUCGCGCCAAUGGGACGAAAGACUAUAGGUAAAGUUACAAGUGGUGAGAGGGGCACAUUGAUAACAACAUGCUGUAUUAUAAGCGCAAGUGGAAAUUUUUUACCCCCUGUUAUGGUCUUCCCGAGGAAAAACUUUAAAGAUCAUAUGAUCAAAAAUACACCACCUGGCACGCUUGGUUUGGCAACGCCGACUGGCUGGAUGAAUUCGACUAUUUUUCCAGAGAAGCAGCAGCAUCCCUCACAAGCGCAUCAUCUACGCCUAUAAGUACAAACAUCCGAGCUAUUCCACACUUCGGAAGCACACCUACCACGUGUACCGUUACAAGCGCCCAAUCAGCUGCAGCCUUCGUAAUUACGCCACCCACGUCUGCUACUACAAGCACCAAAGAGGUUCCAGCUUUAAUAAACAUGCCAAUAAUAUCUGCACCCACCCAAGAAACAUCAGGUUUUGUAACAACGCCAUCCAUGCUUACCAUCACAAACACGCCGCCGUCUAUAUUCGCCCAACCAUCAUCAGCUAUUAUGACCUCCCCCUCUGUGACUACAAAAAAAAGUAGUUUUAUGUCCAUUUGAAUUCAGAGAUUCUAUAAAAGCUGGUCCUAGAAAAUCUAACAGAAAACGUAGAGCUGGACGCAGCAUCAUAGCUACCGAUACUCCCGAAAAGGCCAGGAUUGAACAAGAAAAAACUGCUGCUAAACGGAGAAAUGAAACCAAAAAAAAGAAAACUUGCCGAGCAGUACUUGAUAGCGACGAAGAAGAUGUGAAUCAGAAUGAUGAAGUCCAAUUGGCAGACUCUGAAGAUGACAUUAACUGGGCAGAACAGCAAGAAGAUGACGAUGAUGAAGAAGAUGCCAAAGUAAUUUUAACAGAGACAGACUUAGAGAACCCUUUAUUUACCUCAUUCACCUCAAGAAGGAGAGUAUGUCAUAGUGCAAUUAACAUCAAAAAGGCAAAGAUUAUUGUAUAUUGGAAAGGUAAUAGAGGAAAGAAAUCGUAAGCUUGAUUACUACAUAUCAUUCUUAAAACGUAAGUCUGGGACUGAAACAUUUGUAAUGCCAGAUAAUCCUGAUCUGUCGCUUGUAAACGAGUCUGAUUUAAAAUUUAAAUUGCCAGUGCCAUCUGUGGUUGGGACCUCUUCUAGGCCAUACUAUAAUUUCCCUAUUGAAUUUUCUUGUCUACCCAUGUGUUAAAUUCUUUCAGAACACUAUGAUGUUUUUAUCUUAAAACUUUUUUCCUUUGAUUUUGAUUUAAUACUAAUUAUUAGACUUAUUUUAACAUUCUGUGAUUAUUGUGUGAUUAUUAAAAGUUAUAAUUAGAUUAAUGUAAAGACUGUCCGUAAAAUUAUUUAGUCAAUACUGAAUAAAACUUACUUAUAACAUAAUGGUUCCUUUAUCUAGAAUAUAAAAAGGCUGAUAAUGGCAAAGAUUAUUGUAAAUUAAUGUUUAUUAAAUUUCCAAUUUACAUUAUUUGACAUAUUAAUACUUACUUAAUUUUAUAAGAAAAGUCACAUUGUUAGCAUUGUUUGUAAGACAAAGAGUUUGUAGACUCUUAGAAUAACUUGUUUUUUUCUUUAAUAAAUAUAUAAAACUUGAAUUAUAUUGACUAUUUUUAUAACUCCUUUUAAUGAGUCACUGUGUACCUUUUGAGCCACUGUGGACCCCAGGGUUGGGUCACUGUGGACACCUGGAUGUGCACAGUGGCUCAAAAAUCUUUUUUUUGUUUUCUAUUAUUUAUUUUAUUUUAAACCUAUUUUAUGGAAUUGUGUUGAUGCAGUGUUAAACUAUAAUAUUUAAUGAAUAAUAUGUAUAAGUUUCAUAUCAAUCCAGUAAGGAUUUAUAUUUAAUUUAGCUUUUCGAAAAACACAUGAGUCACUGUUGCCUCCUUAACCCUACUGAUUUUUAGUUCUCGUUAAGUACUUUGUGCCGCUGCUGUUCAAGUUUCCAUACAAAAUUUUACAUUGACAUUUCAGUCAUAUUUUUUAUUAUUUUAAAGCAUGUAACUGCUUAAGCUUAAGCUGUAAGAUGGCGCUGCCUUGCAGCUUAAGAAUGGCUAGAAGAAUUUCGACGCGGUCCGUGAGGGCCACGUUAGCAUAAGGCGCU